CUGACCCACCCCUCCUCGCCCAGCGAGCGAGCGAGGAAGCAAGGAGACAGGGACCCGGGAGCCAGACGGAGCCAAGCAGCAGCAGAGGCAGAGGAACCAACCAACCAGCUACCCCAAACCCCGCUUGCCGAUGGAGUUGCCGGAGGCGGGCCCGUCGGGAGACCAGCAGUCGUUGGCGGCGGCGGAGCGGCCGUCGGAGGCGGCGGCGCUGCGGGCGCUGGUGGAGCGGGUGCGGGCGGGGGAGGUGGACGCGGCGCGCGAGGUGCGGCGCCUCACCAGGGCCUCCGCCAGGCACCGCCGCAAGCUCGCCCCCGCCAUCGAGCCGCUCGUCGCCAUGCUCCGCAGCUCCGGGGCCGCCGGGGAGGCCGCGCUCCUCGCGCUGCUUAACCUCGCCGUCAGGGACGAGAGGAAUAAGAUCAAGAUCCUGGAUGCAGGUGCGCUUGAGCCGCUCCUUGGUUAUUUGCAGCCAAGUGACCUAAACUUACAGGAGUAUGCGACUGCUGCUCUCCUUACGCUCUCAGCCUCGUCUACAAACAAACCUAUCAUAAGUGCUUCUGGAGCAAUCCCUCUUCUUGUAAAGGUCUUGAAAGAAGGAAACCCACAGGCCAAGAAUGAUGCCGUGAUGGCUCUUUACAACCUCUCCACGCUUGCAGAUAACCUUCAGACUAUCCUUUCCGUCCAGCCUAUUCCCUCUUUAAUAGAGUUACUGAAGGGUGGCAAGAGAUCUUCCAAGACAGCUGACAAGUGCUGUGCCCUUUUGGAGUCAUUGCUUGCCUUUGAUCAAGGUCGAGUGGCCCUAACUUCUGAAGAAGGUGGAGUGCUCACCAUUGUGGAGGUACUCGAGGAAGGCUCCCUUCAAGGUAGGGAGCAUGCCGUGGGAGCGCUCCUAACAAUGUGCGAGAGCGAUCGCAGUAAAUAUAGAGAUGCUAUUCUGAAUGAAGGGGCAAUCCCUGGUCUUCUUGAGCUCACAGCCCAUGGCACACCCAAGUCUAGAGUGAAGGCUCAUGUUCUUCUCGACUUGCUGCGGAACUCGCCAUAUUCAAGAUCGAAGCUGCAGCCAGACACGCUGGAAAACAUUGUUAGCAACAUUGCUUCUCAAAUAGACGGGGAAGACCGUGGCGGGAAAGCGAAGAAGAUGCUUGCUGAGAUGGUGAAGGUGAGCAUGGAGCAGAGCUUGAGGCAUUUGCAGCGCCGGGCCUCUUUCGCGUGAAGUUGCUUCGAGGUGACCACCCUGUUUUGCAAUGGGAGUAGAAAUAGUGGAUGGAAAUAACGAGAUUUGCUGGAGAUGCCGGUCCAGGCCUCGACAAGACCGAGUGACUGGUGUAAGCGCUCAUAUACUUAAGCUCUUGACAUAGUCCCUUUUCCAUUUCAAUCUUGUGUGUUGUUCUGAAAGAAAAAGGGACAGAUUUUCUUCGCAUUCGCAUUUCCCAUUCCCAUGUGUUUGCAUGUAUCAAAAGCAAAAGUGUAAAAAAAAAGGAAAGAGAAAAAAGAAAGACAUUUUCUGUGAGGAAUGGAUUGUACAUGAUAUAAAGCAAAAGAUCCCAUUCUUCAUGUCUGAAAAACCUAGGCUCCUAGUCCAUCUUGGUCUGUUGGUUUAUUUGCCGAGUACAUAAUUCUUGACCACA